CUUUACCAAAACUCUUCACUUCACACAGCAACCACAACAAAAGAGGGAAAGAUUACAAAUUUUUUGUUUGGGAAAAGAUUUAAAAAGCCCUCCAAAUAUUUCAACCUAAUACUACCACUUCUCAAUAUAAAUACACCAAAGCAUUAAAUGAAUUCAUCUCUCCCUAAACAUGUCUUGAAUGAAAAUAAAUGCUCCAUGUAAUCUGUCUGGCCUCAAAUAGCAUUGAUGGAACCGUCACCUCUUCCAACUUCCUCUCGUUUUGGAGAUGCCAACGCCGACUCAGCCGAUGUAGCGGAUGUCUCCUUGCCUCCACUGUUGGAAGUACCUUUCGAGGCUUUCAACACCCCUGAAAUAAACAACAUCACAUGUAUUUCCGGUGUGCAAGCAAGAAACGAAAGAAGGCAGCGAAUAAUAGAGGCAAUACUACAAAAUUUCAAAAACGGCAAACUUCAGCACGGGUCACUGAAAACAGUGGCUAAUGAAUUCAACAUAUCUCCUCGUUGGGUCAGAGAGAUAUGGAAAGCUGCAAAAUCUCAAAUGGCUAGGGGCGAGGCAGUGAAUGUGGAUUGCAGGUGGGAAGGUAACUCGGGGCAAAAAAGUUUCAAUUUGGACAUUUCAAAGCUGACUGACAUUCCAUUUCACCAGCGGCAAACGCUACGUGCCCUAAGCCACUGCCUUAAUGUGUCAACUAGUACAGCAUAUAGGUUGGUGAAGAAGAAAAAAAUCAGAAGACACCCCAAUGCUAUUAAACCUCAUAUAUGUGAUGAAGGUAAGUUAAAAAGGGUGAGGUAUUGUUUGUCAUUACUUUCUCCCACAUCCCUACCAAAUAACCCAACAUUCCAUCAUUGUUAUGAUUAUAUACAUAUUGAUGAGAAGUGGUUUGAGUUGAGCAAGCCUAAAAAGACCUUCUACACCUUACCUGAUGAGGCAGACCCCUACCGAACCAUACAGUCCAAAACACAUAUUCCCAAAAUUAUGUUUUUGGCUACUGUAGGUCGUCCUAGGUUUGGGGAUGAUGGUCAGGUACUGUGGGAUGGGAAAAUAGGCAUAUUCCCCUUCACAUUUCAAGAAGCUGCAAAAAGAAGAAGCAAAAACAGGCCUGCUGGUAUAAUGGAAACAAAGCCCAUUCCAAAAAUAACAAGAGAUGUCAUGAGAGAAAUGUUGGUACAGCAACUACUGCCAGCAAUAAGGGAAAAAUGGCCACAGAGUUCUAAGUAUGUUGUCAUACAACAAGAUAAUGCCAAACCACAUGUUGAUAUUAAUGACCCAGUUUUUGUGGCUGCUGCACAAGAGAGUGAUUGGGAUAUUAGGUUGCAAUUUCAGCCCCCCAAUAGCCCAGAUUUAAAUGUUCUUGACCUUGGCUUCUUUAGGGCAAUAGAUGCUAUACAAAAUAAGAGUGCACACAGGUCAUUGGGGGAUCUUAUAACUGCUGUCACCUUAGCUUUUGAACAACUCACACCACAGGUUUUAAACAAUGUGUUCUUAACCUAUCAAGGAGUCAUGGGUGAGGUGUUGAGGCAUAAAGGAGGAAAUAAUUUCAAGAUACCUCACAUGGGGAAGGAAAGGCUGUCCAGGGAAGGAAUACUUCCACAAAACUUGGGAGUCAGUACUGAAGUGUAUGAAGAGGUGCUCCAGAUUUCAGAAUUGAACAACUAAAGAGAAUAGGGCAGUAGUUUUUUGUAUAGAUUUGUUUUGGUAAUACAUGUGGUUUGCAAAUGCACAAUAUUUUUUGUUUUUUGGUGCAAGUGUACACCACAUGUAAGAAGCUUGUGAUGAUGUAGUACAAUAUGUGAUAUGUAAAACCAUCAUUAUAUGACUAUAAAAAGUCUUUUUUUUGCAUAAAACCAUCAGUAUAUUCACAGAACUGGUUAGGGACAUACUGCAUUAGAAAGGGACCUCAAACCAAUGGGACAAACUGCCUCAGAGAUCACAGAGGGUACCAAGCAUUCUGAUUUCAUCAUAGGCAGUAAAGAGAGACCACAAUG